AUGGUUGGUUUUGCGUUUUCCUGGCUUCCAGUCUGCAUCAGCGAUUACGUUGACGCUGAGUACAGGGUACCCUCUUUGCCUCGACAGGUUUACCGUAUAUACGGGUUCUUGAUCUAUUUUAGCAGCACUACCAACCGCUUCAUAUAUGGUGUAACUAACAGGCAUUUCAGGAGAGGAAGUAAAGUUAUUGUGAGGAAAGUAUUUUGUCAGAAAUCAUCCUAAAAGCAAAAAAGAUCCAUGUUUGCCGCACCCAUCUAUUAAAUCGGCCCACCAAUAUCAAGUAAUUAAAGAUCUUCAGUUAAUUGAUUUACUUUAUUAUUUAUGACAAUUGCUAUUCAAGCGAUGUGUUUAAUGAAAGUUUAUUAAUAAGAAAGAGCUGAAAGAGUGUACAGGUCUAUAAACAGAAAGACAGAUUAAAGUAAAUAAUAAUAGUCCUGUUAUGCUGUUACAGGUAUGUAUUUUAAAACGAAGCAAGAAAAAUAUCUUAAAGUAAAUGACGUAAACAAAAGCAAAAAAAGGACACUUUGAGAGUAGAGUAGUUUUCCCCGCCAGUUGACCAAAUCUUUUUUCCUUGAUUUAUCGGCCAAUUUAAGGUUGCACAAGAGAUUUGUUGAAUUUUGUUUUGUAAGAUUGUUGUAGGGUGUUUUGGCUUAUUUUAAUUGGAUACUCAGAGGCUGUGCAAAAAAUCGUUUGAAAUGCCCCCCAAAACAGUCUCAAGGGUAACCUCGAAAUGGGCAUAUAAAAAAAUAAAAAAGGAGACAUUCCUAGAAGGGUACAAGUGAUUAGUAUAGGUAAUAGUAGGAUUUGUAGUGAUAUUUGGCAUAAAUACCACGAGUAAUAUUUCGAAAUUGUUAUACAUAAUUUCACGAGCUCUUAGGCGACUGAAAUUUGAGACAAUUUUGAAAUAUCACAAGUGGUAUUUAUGCCAAAUAUCACGUACAAAUUAUGCUAUUAUUUGUUUAUACUACUACCUGUAAAGGGUUUGUAAUUUUCACAUGUAGGUAUUUCAAAUUAAGCUGAAAUAUCACUGCUCUAAGCCAAUCAAAUUGCAGUAAUUUCUUGUGUAGUAGUAUAACAGUAAGAAAAGCACUUUAAUGCAAAGGUAGAGGCAAGACUGACUUCAUGGCACCACCAUCUACUAGUUAUCGAGGUUUUACGAUAUUUUUACAUAAGGAACCCUCUCUACCACAAAAUAAAUAAACAGUAAUAUUUCAUUUCUUUGGCCACUUAUCACACCAUAUGCCACUAAAUCUCUCCUGUUAAAUUGUUGAUCUGCAAAGCAUUUUCCCCAGAAAAAUAGAUGCUCGUUCGGAAGAGACAAAAUGUUGUUUGAAAAUUGCUUAAAACCACUAAAAACUUAUUCUAAAGGAAAAUCAGUCUCACCCGAACGGAAAAAUUAACUCCUGCAGAGCAGAAAAGUGGCCUAUCCGUUCUUUAAAUUCCCAAAUCAUUCAUCGUUUCUCCAGACAGUCUUAUGGUAUAUUGCCGGACAUCGGGAAUUUGAAAAGAAAAUAGCGUAAGUGACCUAGUAAACACCUCUUAUCUAAUUUAUACUACUACAUGAGAAAUUUCUGCAAUUUGAUUGGCUUAGAGCAGUGGUAUUUCAGCUUAAUUUGAAAUACCUACAUGUGAAAAUUACAAACCCUUUGCAGGUAGUAGUAUAAACAAAUAAUAGCAUGAUUUGUACGUGAUAUUUGGCAUAAAUACCACUCGUGAUAUUUCAAAAUUAUCUCAAAUUUCACUCGCCUAACGGCUCGUAAAAUUACGUAUAACAAUUUCGAAAUAUCUAUCACUCGUGGUAUUUAUGCCAAAUAUCACUACAAAUCAUGCUAUUACCUAUACAAACGCCCCCCUUUACGCCGUUAGAAUUGUAUUACAGACGCCCAUCUCUAAUAGACCCUGGGCCGAGUUGAUCGAAGGCCGGUUAGCGCUAACCCAGGGUUAAAUUUUAACCCAGGUUUCUUUUUCUUUUCAUCAAAAGCGUUUUCUCGGAAAAUUUUCUCUAUUCUAUUUAGAGUAUUUAAUCAUCAAAUUGUAGAAAAAAGAAUUAAACUGAAUUUGCAUUUUAAGCUUUCAUAUCUGAAUUCAAAUUUUGUACUAACCCUGGGUUAUGUUAACCCGGCUUUGAACAACCCGGCCCUGGCGUCUAAUAUACGUCCCCUAUGAAAAUUACUCCAAAACACUAGGAAUCAGCAAAAAGGAGUAAAAAUAUUCAAUUUAUUCAAUUUCUUGCUUAAUGCCACGAGGCUUUGCGUAUUUCAUCAUCUUGUUUGGUGUCAAGUUUAAAGUAAGAAUAGACUAACGAUGGCAACACAAUAAUCCUGAACGAGGAUUCUGACAUCGAUGUUGGGACAGACAGGCCAGACGUAUCAAUUGAUGGGUUUGAUAUUCCGCUGUUAUUAAACGCUCUUAAUACUUUACAAAAAGCGUAUUGGUUUUCUUGAGUUUGUUACAUUUAUGAGAACAGACGUCUCUCCCUUUUAAACGCUUUUUAUAUACAAAAAGGCCCCCCUUGGAGCCCUAAAAUCAAAUAGACACCCCGGGCGUUUAUCAGGUCAUUUACGGUAACAGUGCGAGACACCAAGACAGAAGUUAAGGUGUUUUAUUUGCGUUUUGUUGGCUUCCGAUCAGUUUGCAUUGUAUAUUGCUACCUGUUGAAAGUAUACGAGUAGUGUAAAAUUGGGAUUUCUGGCUCAUUUAGAUCUCAAUAGAGAUCCCGGCUUCUGAUUGGUCAAUUCAAAUCAGGAAAUUUCCUGUGCGUUUUCCAUUUGCGAGUCCUCCGACGUACUGACCAAUCGGUGACGCUGCCUCAAAGGAGAAAAUUCGAGCGAGCUAUAUUCAGUACGCAUAAACUAGCUGUUAAUGUAGAUCCUUUAAAAUUUUUCUCAAAAUAAAAAGUUUAAAAGUAAAUGCUUCCAGCCAGGACAUUACGGUUUUGACAAAUUAAGUCAUAAAAUUUCAUAUCAUCAUAUUGAUAAAGCAUCAAACCAUUAGCUAGUAGACGGAUUUAUGAUCAAAAUUUUAAGGGCGAAAAUGGUAUGUCGUUGUAGUACUUUCUCUCGUUCCGUCUGAGCCUCCACAAUCCAUACUUGGUACAGUUCCCAAGCUUUUAAUCCUACACAAAGGGUAAAUCCUACACAAUCCUACACAAAUGGUGACAUGGUGUAAUGGCGUAAUCCUACACAAAUGGUAAAUAUGGCGUUGUAUUACUUUCUCUCGUUUGGUUUGAGCCUACGGUUCCUCCGGUGCUUUUAAUCCUACACAACGGGUUUGCUCUUUUGACAAACAAGAAAGCUUAAAAUUCUGUGUAUACGUGAUGCGGAAAUGCUUUCAAGACUGCCUAAGAACAGGCCGCGAAAAAAAGGUGGGCACUAACGGCAGUUGAGUGUUACACCUGCCGGCAUAGCUAAGUGUAUCAAUACCGGCUGUAAACACACACUUAAAUGUCUCUCUGUAGAAACUUGUUUUGACAAGGACAACAGUAGAAACAAGGACCUUUUAUGUUAAUUAAGGUAUAAUUUCUGAAAAUACAAAUCCAAUAUAAAAUUUUUGAGAUAAACCAUACCGCGCUGUAAUCGACAUCUUCUGUGUGCGUGACCGGAGUGUAAAUGUUGAAUUCGGAGAUUUAGAUAACCCAGGGAGCAAAAGUCAAAUUUUACAAAAGAACAAGCUAGAUUUAUUUACUUGAAAUGCUUUGCGCUUUAAAAGCUGAAAAAUAAUUAUUGACAUUAAGAUACUGAUUUGGUUGUCCCUUGAAUCAGUCCGGCUUCAUUAUCAUCAAACAUGAACACUUCGCUUUUUCAUGCGCUUUACACGAGACCAAUUCACUUGAUAUGGAUUGAGACCUUUCUAUUUGUGGUCAUAAACGUGGCGGCUUUUAACGGAAAUCUCUUCGUUUGUUAUGCUGUAUACAGGAACAAGAGACUUCGCACGAUCCCAAAUAUAUUCGUGGUAGCACUGGCAGUCAGUGACAUCUUGAUGUCGACUUGUUGUGUGCCGUUUUCAGUUGCCUUACUUGCUCGCGGCCGUUGGAUCUUUGGUGAUAUUUUGUGCCAGUUUCAUGGCUUUGGUGUUCUUACGUUUGGCCUGACGUCUCUUCUCACCAUGGCAAUAAUUGCAGUUAGCAGAUAUUUCUGUGCGAAAAAACCAGAAAGAUACGUCGUUUUAUUUAAGGCAAGAAACACUUUGGCGUACGUCGGCGUCGUGUGGUGUGCCGCUUUAACUGGAUCUGUGCCUCCGUUCUUGUUUGAAAAAGGCGGAUUUGAGUUCCAAGCAGGAAAAGCAAUGUGCCUGUACACGUUUCAAACCAACAUUGCGUUUACCGCUUUUAUUGAAUGUGUGUAUGUGGCAACACCCUUUUUGCUGAUCAUAAUCUGCUAUGUCAAAGUGUUCUACACAGUUUCAUUGACAAAACGAAUCUUUGCAGCUAGAAACAACCUCCCAAAGUUAAGAGCGAACAUAGAAGAAACGAAAGUUACUAAGACUUUAGGGGCGGUAAUAGUUAGUUUUGCGUUUUGCUGGAUUCCAGUUUGCGUCAUCGAUUACGUCGAUGCUGCGCUCAGGAUACCCACUUUGCCUCGACAGGUGUACCUGACUUACGGGUUCUUAGUUUAUUUGAGCAGCGCAAUCAACCCCUUCAUAUAUGGUGCAACAAACAGGCAUUUUAGGAGAGAGGGUAAAGUUAUUCUAGGAAAGUUACUU